AUGACUGUGCCUAGCUUCAGCCCCAGCUGCAGUGCCUGGUAUAGCAACAGCAGCAGCGGCGGCGGCGGCAGCGUUGGCGGCACCACCAGCAGCAAUCACCCAUAUGGACAAUGGCACAGCCUGAGUCCCACCGGGCACCUUGUCACAGCCAUCUGCCUUGGCAUCAUUGGCACCUUCGGCUUCCUGAAUAAUCUCCUGGUCCUGGUGCUUUUCUGCCGAAAUAAAGUGUUGAGGUCUCCCAUCAACUUGCUGCUGAUGAAUAUUUCAGUGAGUGACCUGAUGGUGUGUAUCGUGGGCACCCCUUUCAGCUUUGCUGCCAGCACUCAGGGAAGGUGGCUCAUCGGGGCAGCAGGCUGCGUGUGGUACGGCUUUGUCAACACCUUCUUUGGUACAGUGUCACUUAUCUCCUUGGCUGUGCUUUCAUAUGAACGAUACUUCACUAUGAUGGGAACAACAGAAGCAGAUGCUACAAACUACAAGAAAAUAUGGAUGGGAAUCCUAUUGUCCUGGAUGUAUUCUUUAAUCUGGAGUUUACCACCACUUUUUGGCUGGAGUAGCUAUGGACCAGAAGGACCAGGCACAACCUGCUCAGUUAACUGGCAUUCAAGGGAUGCUAACAACGUAUCUUACAUUGUUUGCCUUUUCAUCUUUUGCCUUGUCAUUCCCUUUUUCAUUAUUGUUUACUGCUAUGGGAAGCUGCUGUGUGCCAUAAAGCAGGUGAGUGGAGUAUCCAAAGGGAUGGCUCAAACAAGAGAGCAACGUGUCCUGAUCAUGGUAGUUGUGAUGGUCAUUUGCUUUCUGCUUUGCUGGCUACCUUAUGGGGUUGUGGCCCUGAUUGCAACUUUUGGGAAACCCGGCCUAGUCACCCCCUCUGCUAGUAUCAUCCCUUCCAUCCUUGCGAAGAGCAGUACAGUCUACAAUCCAAUCAUCUACAUCUUUUUGAACAAACAGUUUCACAGGUGCUUUUGUGCUCUUCUUCAGUGUGGCAAGAAGUCAAAUGCUUCCAGCAACAAAUGUUCUUCAAGGUCAACUCGAGUGUGUCGCUCUAUCCAGAGGCAAGACAACAACUUCACAUUUGUUGCUGCUUCAGCAGAACAACUAUCUUCAGAGCAUCCAGAAGCAAUCGUUAGCCUCCAGUGUCCAGAACCAAUCACAGCCAAAUCAAAACAAACCAUGUUGCUUGUAGCUCAUUACAGUGCUUAA